UGUUCCGAAACGGGAACUCUCAUUCGGCGGACAAGCGCUUUACGGAACGGAUGUGUGCGUGAUCGGAGAUCGCUUGAGAUCAGAUCGGUUCAUAUCAGAUCAGAUCAGAUCAGAUCAAAUCAGAUGAGAUCAGUGCUGUGAUCGCGAUAUAUAUAUACUAUACAUACGGAUAAUCAGUUCGCACUUGGCCGGAAGAAGGUGGCAAUUGAGACAACUCAACGCUUUCUGCCAGGCGAAAUAGAAGGAAAACAAAUAAAAGAAGUUCAAGUCAAUCAAUCAGUUAAAACCAAAAAGAAAAACACAAGAAAAAGAGGAAAUUUUCGCCAGUCAACGCGUUCGGGCCAUAAAAACACAUUCGAGCCAGGAAAAAAAAAGGAAUUAAUUUAUUUUCCCUCGCGAUUUCGAUUUCGAUCUCGAUUCUGAUUCUGAUUGACAACUGCGAAAGGUUGCGGUGAUUUCUUUCACACUUCUUCAUCGGCCAUAGAACGUAUAUACAGUUUUUUUUUUGCAGUGCACAGUGAGUGAGUUAAUGAGAGUGUGUGGGUGCAAUAAUCAAAUUUGACAACUGCGCGAAAAACGUUUGAGAUCAAAACAGCUCGGCCGAAAGUAAAUCAAAUCGGAAUAAAUGGGCCAAGAAUUCGUUGCGAUUUCCUUUUUUUUACUGUGAGACCCCCCCGCCCCCACCCCCAGCUAUAUCCAUACCGAUAUACGAGCAUAUACUUAGUUGAUCCGGUUCGCGAUGACGCACUUGAUGGGUCCCACGGAGUGCGCCAGCGCCAUGAUGACCACCUCGAUGCAGUUCCUGGACACCAGUCUGCCGGACUACAACUGCUACGCCAACGACUACUGGACCUCGCCCUACAUCACCGGCGGCCUCAGUCCCAUGAAGCAGAUCGAAGCCUGCAUCCAAACGGCUGGCAAGGAUCGCAGCUCGUACAAGCCGCUGGAGCAGAUCGACGCCAAGUUGGCCGACAUCGAGACGCACAGUACAGGCAGCACUGGCACCGCGAACAGCAGCAGCAGCAGCAGCCUAUCCAGCGGCAAUGGCAUCUCCAACUCUGGUUGCCAGGAGCAGUCCUCCUCCCUCCUGCCACCCGAUUAUCCCGGUGGCAACAGUGAAGCCUCGACGGCAGCGACCUCCGCCGGCACUACAGCAACGUCGUCUGCGGCGGGAGGAGCAACUGCAUCCACGGGAUCCAAAAAGUACAAGGGCCAACACAAAAAAGACAACAGCAGUGCAGACAACAGUACAGUGAAGCCUAGCAGCAAUAACAUCAGCAAGGGAGAAUCGGAGCCAGUGCAUCCAUCGUUGGCGCAGGCCAUCGUGGUGCUGGAGACGAAGGCGCUGUGGGAUCAGUUCCACGCCCAGGGCACCGAGAUGAUCAUCACCAAGACGGGCCGCCGCAUGUUCCCCACCUUCCAGGUGAGGAUUGGGGGCCUCGAUCCCCACGCCACCUACAUCUGCAUGAUGGACUUCGUCCCCAUGGACGACAAGCGCUACCGCUACGCCUUUCACAACUCCUGUUGGGUGGUGGCCGGCAAAGCGGAUCCCAUCUCCCCGCCAAGGAUUCACGUGCAUCCCGACUCACCUGCCGCCGGUUCCAAUUGGAUGAAGCAGAUCGUGUCCUUCGACAAGUUAAAGCUCACCAACAACCAACUGGACGAAAAUGGGCAUAUAAUUCUGAACUCAAUGCAUCGCUAUCAGCCCCGAUUCCAUUUGGUGUACUUGCCACCGAAGAAUGCGUCCCUAGAUGAGAACGAGCACUCCAGUCACUUCCGCACUUUUAUCUUUCCAGAGACGAGCUUUACGGCCGUAACUGCCUAUCAGAAUCAGCGGGUGACACAGCUGAAGAUCUCCAGCAAUCCAUUCGCCAAAGGCUUUCGGGAUGACGGCACCAAUGAUGUAACCACCGGCGGUGCCAGCAGCAUGUCCUCCAUGAGCCACGAAAGUCAGGCGCGCAUGAAGCAACAGCAACAACAACAACAGCAGCAGCAGCAGCAACUGCAGCAGCAGCAACUCAAGGAGCGAACGGCGGCAAGUAGCAACUUUGGCCUGAGUUGCACCGACUUGGGAGUGGAGCAGCAGCAACAGCAACAACAACAACAGCAGCAGCAACAACAACAGGGAGUCCUGCAACUGCCAGCAACGCCAUCCAGCAGUUCCACCUCCGGCAACUCACCGGACUUGCUCAGCUACCAAAUGGAGCAGCAACUGCAACAGCAGCACCAGCAGCAGCAACAGCAACACCAGCAGCAGCAACACCAAGGCCAGCAGCAACAUCUCCACCAGCAACACCAGGCCAACCAGCAGCAAUCGCUGUUGCAACAAAGUCCAAAUCAGAAUCAAUAUGGAAGCUACCACCACGCGUAUCAGCCGCAACCACAUCCACUUACCCCGCACUCCACGAGCUCGGCAUCCCCACCAGCUGCUUCGGCGGGAGCGGGAGCUGGAUCAAGUGCAGCAGCAACUGGAACGGGAGGAGCAACAUCCGCGGGAACGGGAGCAACACAACAACAAGUGAUGACGGCGGCCAAUAUUUACUCGAGUAUCGGCCAACCUUAUGCCCAGGAGCAGAGUAACUUUGGAGCGAUCUACCAUCAUAAUGCCGCCGCUGCUGCGGCUGCUCACUAUCAUCAUGGCCACGCCCACGCCCACGGGCACGCCCACGCCCACAGCCACGCCCAUGGUCCGUAUGCCAGCGCCUACGACAAGCUGAAGGUGUCGCGUCACGCGGCAGCCGCCGCCUACGGAAUGGGUGCCACGUACCCCAGUUUCUACGGAUCGGCGGCCCACCAUCAGAUGAUGCGACCCAACAGCUAUAUAGAUCUGGUACCCCGGUAAUCGGUAAUCUAUAUAGCAAAGAGGUUCAAGGAUCCCAUUCACUUCUAAUAUUCUAGAGAGUAACCUUUAAAUUGUCUGUAUAAAUUAUUCUAUACUCUAAGUUAAGAACGUUUUAUUGAUAUUCUCUAAAGCACAGAAUAUUCCUGCCACAGCAAAUUAGAUCUAAAGCCAAGAAAUGUGUUUCAAAAUCUAGAGUUUGUAUCCAAAUUGAAGGCAGUUACUAAAUCUCAUUAUAAACUAAAGGAUACUAUUAAUAAUCAAUAUUGUCCAUCCAUUAUCUGAAUCUUUGAGUUCGGUUUAACAUCCUUAUCAAAAUUUUAAAAUCUAGAGUUGUGUUAUUGAUCAUUUUGUGAACUUUAUUCAUGAUUUUGAAACUAUAUUUUUGGCACUGUGCAGGAUUCAAGUAUUAGCAGCCAGAAAACCGAAAAUAAAUGCAACAAGUAUUACAAGUAUUUCUACAAAAAGAAAAUUACCAAAAUAAAUAUUUUUUUCUAGCUUAGGCUUUAAUUUUAUUGCUUUGUGUGAAACUAAAAAUGUAGUGAGCCAAUAAACUUACUUGGUGUAA